AUGUCAUUAACACCCUCGAACGAGGCUCCGGAUGGAGAGAGGAGCCAUUCAAGUCCUGGGAGACUCUUCUCAACCGCCUGCCUAUCAUGUCGGGCAAAGCAUCUCAAAUGUGAUCGUCUGCAUCCUUGUAUCCGCUGUACAGCAUCAGGGGAAGAGUGCUCCUACGUUGCUUCCCGCCGCGGCUACAAACGAGCACGAAGUCGGACACCCCCGCCGCAUCUCGAAGAGAAUGUGUUGACAUCCCUUCUGGCCGCCCAGGCUGCAACACCUCUCAAUGGCGCUUUCUCUUCAGCAAGCAGCAGCAGCGGAGCCGCAUCCUCAGCCGUCUGCAGUAUUGGAGGAGCCAUGGGGAUGGAUCUCGCUUCUCCAAACCUGGUUUUGUCUGCCCCGACACCACUCGAUCAAGGCCUGUCACCUCAUCCGGCACAGCUGGUCAGGGUUAAUGAUAUGGGCUUCAAACUCACCAACGAGUCUUCAGCCCUUUCAGAUCGAUAUGUGAACUCUUAUUAUCAAAAUUUCCAUGCCUCUCACCCCUUCACACUACCGAAAAAGUAUCUGUUCCAAUUUACAAACUUCGCGGCACUGGAGCCGCUCCUUUGCGCCAUCCGCUGGGUAGGAUCGCUUUAUGUCGACAGGGUAUUCUCGCGAGGCCAACUACUAGAAGAAGCCUAUCGGAAAAUCAACGAUCCAAACACCCCGCAAGAUGGGCUCCUCGUCCAGGCCAUGUUGGUGUUGAUAGUGGGACUUGACGGGACACGCCAGCUCGAGGCCGCCAAGAAGCUGCUUGCUGAUGCCGGUGCCCUCGCCGUCAAGAUUGGGCUGAACUCGCACCAGUUUGCGAUCGCGCAUGGCAGGGACAAUCCCGUUGUGCAGGAGAGUUGGCGGAGGACGUGGUGGGAUCUGUAUGUUGUCGAUGGGAUGAUCGCGGGUGUCCACCGCGCAACCAACUUUGCGCUCUUUGACGUCCAGGCGGAUGUCCAGUUACCAUGUGAGGAAUGGGAAUACCAAUCAGGGGUAAUACCAGCGCCUAAAUCACUCGCGGACUUGGAAUCCUACGACUUUUCCGACAGUGAUCUCGAUGGAUUCUCCUCCUUCUCAUACCGAAUCCUUUGCUCGCGAAACCUCGGCAAGUUCUUCAGGUGUGGGCCGAUAGUAGGACCUGACGAUCUGAAUCUAUCCAGGAUGGAAGCAUUACUCACUCACUGGAGACUGAAUCUCCCCAACUCCAAGAAAGAUCCCGUUGCCAUCGACGGUACAAUAGAUGAGAUGAUGUUCCAGGCCCAUAUGAUGAUCAACGCCACCUCGAUCCUCGUCCACUACCCUCACUCCCAGCUCAACCCCUCCGCGACCAAGCGCAUCGACUCCUGCGCCCCGAGCCAGCCCGUCACGCCCGGCUUCACCUACAACUCCCACACCAGGCACGUCAUCAGCGCCGCCAACGAGAUAAGCAAGCUCAUCACCCCGUCGGACCUCCUCUGCCACACGCCCUUCUUUGUGUGUGUGGUGAGCAACGCGUCCAUCGUCCACAUCAAUAGGUGGGGAUCGUACAUGCACUCUGAAGAGGACGAUGUGUUUUUACGACAGCAGAUCAGUCUUAAUAUAGGAGCGCUGAAUAGACUGUCACAAGUCUGGGAAUCUGCUAGGGCAGCCAAGGAGCAGAUACGGAGUGUAGCGCAGGAGAUCAGCCAGUCGAGGAGACAGGAGGAAGACGAGAUACGAUCUGGAUUAUGGAGUGAGAUAUUGGGCGAAUAG